GUUGGGGAGGGCAUGGCUGGGGUGGGGCUGGGAGGGACGACCGCUGGGGGCGGUGCAUCCAGCUCUGGGCCAGGGGGUCCAAAGUGCUCUCCUAGUCACAGCCGGACUUGGGGGCCUGAUUACAUCAGGGGACAGCCUGAUUGGGGAUAAUGGCAUCUCUCGACCACAUCUUGGUUCUUUGUGUGGGUCUCCUUGCGAUGACUAGUGCAGAAGCUCCACAGGAACAUGACCCAUUCACCUACGACUAUCAUUCGCUGCGGAUUGGAGGCCUUAUCAUCGCCGGGAUUCUCUUUAUUUUGGGAAUUCUCAUCAUUCUCAGCAGAAGGUGUCGGUGCAAAUUCAACCAGCAGCAGAGGACUGGGGAACCUGAUGAAGAGGAGGGAACUUUCCGCAGCUCCAUCCGCCGUCUGUCCACCCGCAGGCGGUAGAAACACCUGGCGCGAUGGAGCCCAGCAGCGCCCUACAGCUCUGAGCAGGCUGAGGAAGGGAGGGGAGAAGAGGAGGGGUCGAGGGCUGGGGUAGGAGGGCUGGGCGGCUCUCCUGCCUCUCAUCCUUUCCACCCUCACAGGAUUCCCCUGGCGCCUGACGCCUCCCACCCGCCACCUGCGCACCCGCUGCCAUCUGGACUGCCCUCUUCCCCAGCCCAGUCCCCACCGACCCCUCUCUGCCUCCCAAACUUCAAUAAAACGUGCUUUCCUCUCCUGACA